CUGGGCCAUUUCCCCGAGGCCAGCGCUCUGCUGGGGGCGGGAGGAAGAGGGGCCGGACUGGGGCCUGACGAGCGGUCGCUGUCUUCACGGAUGCUAUGACCAGCGGGCGAGGCGCCCUCCGCAGCUCCGCGCAGUGUUAGUCGCGGCCGUGAGUCCACUGAAGCCGUCUGGGUCUCCAGUGCGGCCGCUCCCGCGGGCCCCUCGGCUCUCCUAGCGCUGCCCGCAAGGCGAGGCGGAGGUAGGAUGAAGAUGACGGUGGAUUUCGAGGAGUGUCUGAAGGACUCGCCCCGCUUCAGGGCUGCUUUGGAAGAAGUAGAAGGAGAUGUGGCAGAAUUGGAACUAAAACUCGAUAAGCUUGUGAAGCUUUGUAUUGCCAUGAUUGAUACUGGAAAAGCCUUUUGUGUUGCAAAUAAACAGUUCAUGAAUGGGAUUAGAGACCUAGCACAGUAUUCUAGUAAUGAUGCUGUAGUUGAGACAAGUUUGACCAAAUUUUCUGACAGUCUUCAAGAAAUGAUAAAUUUUCACACAAUCCUGUUUGACCAAACUCAGAGAUCAAUUAAAGCACAACUUCAGAACUUUGUUAAAGAAGAUCUUAGAAAAUUCAAAGAUGCCAAGAAGCAGUUUGAAAAAGUCAGUGAAGAGAAAGAAAAUGCAUUAGUAAAAAAUGCCCAAGUACAAAGAAAUAAGCAGCAUGAAGUUGAGGAAGCCACAAACAUUCUGACAGCCACAAGAAAGUGUUUUCGACACAUAGCCCUUGACUAUGUGCUUCAGAUUAAUGUCCUUCAAUCAAAAAGGAGAUCAGAAAUCCUAAAAUCAAUGUUAUCCUUUAUGUAUGCCCAUUUGGCCUUCUUUCAUCAAGGAUAUGAUCUAUUUAGUGAACUUGGGCCCUACAUGAAAGAUCUUGGAGCACAGUUAGAUCGACUUGUUGUGGAUGCAGCAAAAGAGAAAAGAGAAAUGGAGCAAAAACAUUCCACCAUUCAACAAAAGGAUUUCUCCAGUGAUGAUUCCAAGUUAGAAUACAACGUAGAUGCUGCAAAUGGCAUUGUUAUGGAAGGAUACCUGUUCAAACGAGCCAGCAACGCCUUCAAAACUUGGAACAGACGCUGGUUUUCAAUACAGAAUAAUCAACUGGUUUACCAGAAAAAGUUUAAGGAUAACCCCACGGUAGUAGUUGAAGAUCUCAGGCUUUGCACAGUAAAGCAUUGUGAAGACAUAGAAAGACGGUUCUGCUUUGAGGUAGUCUCUCCAACAAAGAGUUGUAUGCUCCAGGCAGAUUCUGAAAAGCUGCGCCAGGCAUGGAUUAAGGCUGUUCAGACCAGUAUUGCAACUGCUUAUAGAGAAAAGGGUGAUGAAUCAGAGAAGCUGGAUAAGAAAUCAUCUCCAUCAACAGGAAGCCUAGAUUCUGGAAAUGAGUCAAAAGAGAAAUUAUUGAAAGGAGAAAGUGCACUGCAGCGGGUCCAGUGUAUCCCUGGAAAUGCCAGCUGUUGCGACUGUGGUCUGGCAGAUCCACGGUGGGCCAGCAUCAACUUGGGCAUCACCUUGUGUAUCGAGUGCUCUGGAAUUCAUCGGAGUCUUGGGGUUCAUUUUUCAAAAGUACGAUCUUUAACUUUAGAUACCUGGGAGCCUGAACUUUUAAAGCUUAUGUGUGAAUUGGGGAAUGAUGUUAUAAAUCGUGUUUAUGAAGCUAAUGUGGAAAAAAUGGGAAUAAAGAAACCACAACCAGGACAAAGACAGGAGAAAGAGGCAUAUAUCAGAGCAAAGUAUGUGGAAAGGAAAUUUGUGGAUAAAUAUUCUAUAUCAUCAUCACCUCCUGAGCAGGAAAAAAAGAUUGUCUCCAAAGGUUGUGAAGAAAAGAGGCUGAGCAUUUCUAAACUUGGGCCUGCUGACCAAGUCAGAGCAUCUACCCAAAGUUCAGUCAAAAGUAAUGACAGUGGGAUCCAGCAGAGCUCUGAUGAUGGGAGAGAAUCUCUGCCCUCCAUGGUGUCAGCCAGUAGUUUAUAUGAGCCUGAAGGAGAAAGGCAAGAUUCUUCCGUGUUUCUCGACUCUAAACAUCUUAAUCCAGGACUUCAGCUUUACAGGGCUUCAUAUGAAAAAAACCUUCCUAAAAUGGCUGAGGCUUUGGCUCAUGGUGCCGAUGUGAAUUGGGCUAACUCAGAGGAAAACAAAGCAACACCACUUAUUCAGGCUGUAUUAGGGGGCUCUUUGGUGACAUGUGAGUUCCUCUUACAGAAUGGUGCUAAUGUGAACCAAAGAGAUGUCCAAGGGCGGGGACCACUACACCAUGCCACUGUCUUAGGGCACACAGGGCAGGUAUGUUUAUUCCUAAAGCGAGGUGCCAAUCAGCAUGCCACUGAUGAAGAAGGGAAAGACCCUUUGAGCAUAGCUGUGGAUGCGGCCAAUGCUGAUAUAGUAACUUUGUUACGUUUAGCAAGAAUGAACGAAGAAAUGCGGGAAUCAGAAGGACUUUAUGGACAGCCAGGUGAUGAAACUUACCAGGACAUUUUUCGUGAUUUUUCACAAAUGGCAUCCAAUAAUCCAGAGAAACUCAAUCGUUUCCAGCAAGAUUCACAGAAAUUCUGAAUUUUUUUAAUAAGGAGAAAAAUACAAAAUCUGGCAACUUUCUAAUAUGUACAGCUAAAAACUCACAACUUUUUACUGCUUUAAUUCUUCCUAAUUUUGGUAGAUAUUGAAUGGUUUGGAAAAAAAUUACCAUUCAUUCAUAUUUUUACAAAUUAAAACAUAGAUCUCUCAUAGUUGGGAGAAGAAUCUACUUUAGGACCUCCUUUAUUAAGAAAAAAAGCCUGGUGAAAGGGCUAUUUUUUUAUAGAUAAAAGUUUAAUUUAGGUUUAGGUCAUCUCUAGGUUACAAGAUGCUAAGAUGUUAGGAAAAAAAAUCUUUUUUUUUUUGGUCAAUUGGUGGUAGCAUUGAGAUAGAUACAUACAUACAUACACACAUAUAUAUGUUUUUUUCCCCAUGCAUCAUGCCCAGGAUUAUUCAGUCAAGCAUGUCUGCAUCAAGUGGAGCCAAUUAUCCUACCUGCCUCAAGAAUAUGCCUUGUCUUUAGAUUCCCUGAUGAUUUUUGGUGGUUCAGAAUUAGGUAUGAGUGUGGGUGAGUGGGUGGGUUUUGGUAGCCUAGUUACCAUUCAUACAUCAUAUGGUUUAGUUACCAGAACUAGAGUAUAGGCUUCUUAAAUGCCACUGUGGUUUUUAGGUGAUGGGUUAUUGUCCAGUAUUUUAACAUCCGUAAUGCCUGUACAAGUAGACCAUAGUUUAGUCAUUCAGAUUUAUUCCAUCGUCUGAGGCAAAGAAGCUCUUACUAUUUUUUUCAACUCUCCCUCCUGCUGAAAAGUUACAGCUCUUCAUUGUUGGGUGAUGUCUUAAGACCUUGACAAAUUUAUCAAUGUAAUAAAACUGUUUCAAAGGUUA